AUGGCGAAGUGGCUGAAAAAUUACUUGAGUGUGGGCAGCCGUAAACUCCCCCCCCAGCCCCCCAAACCGGAUUACAGCGAGAGCGAGAUCCUGAAGGCGUAUCGAGCGCAGAGGAACCUGGAUUUUGAAGAUCCGUACGAGGAGAGCGAAGGGAAGGGCAAGGCUGAGAGCGAGAUCGCUCCAGGCUCCCCCCUGCACCACAAGCCCUCGGUCUCCUCCUCCUCCCACUCCUCCUCCUCCUCGCCAGACAUCAAGUACAUCUCCCCGAAACACAGGCUCAUCAAGGUGGACAGCAACGACAUCAGCGCCAGGGCUAAGGCGCUGAGCUCCGAGGAGAACAAGCACAGACCGGACGCUACCGACGACGACUACUCUGACCCUUUUGACACCAGACACGAGGCGAGAAGAGAAGCCAACGAGAAGCAGGAAGUGGAGAAUAAUGGCUACAUGGAACCCUAUGAGGCACAAAGAGUCAUAGUAGAAUUCCAGAGAAAGGGAGACAAGAAGCUGGGGAAGGGUCUCCAGCUUUACGACACUCCCUACGAGCCCCGGGGGAACGACGAGGAGUCGGACACGGAGAAUGCGACGGCUCAGAAAACCCGGGAAAGCCGUCUGCCUCAGGACGACGAACGGCCCGCAGACGAGUACGACCAGCCCUGGGAGUGGAAGAAGGAUCACAUCUCCAAAGCCUUUGCCGUUCAGUUUGAGGGUUGCGAUUGGGACCGGUCAUCGCCACCCACCAAAGAACGCCUGAAGCAGCAGAAACAGCUGAGCCCGCUCACCGCAGGAUCCAAAUACACUAAGCCGCAGACUCCAGAGCACAGCACGCUGCUGGGUGAGAGAGUGGACCCCACGUUACCCUUGGAGAAGCAAGUAUGGUACCACGGAGCAGUGAGUCGCGCAGAAGCAGAGAGCCUGCUGAUGCUGUGUAAGGAGUGCAGUUACCUCGUGCGGAACAGUGAGACCAGUCGCAACGAUUAUUCCCUCUCGCUCAGGAGCAGCCAGGGUUUUAUGCACAUGAAGUUCAGCCGAACGAAAGACUCCAAAUACAUUCUGGGCCUGAAUAGCGCUCCCUUUGACAGUAUCCCAGAGGUGAUCGAACACUAUACCAGCCGCAAGCUGCCCAUCAAAGGUGCCGAACAUCUCUCUCUGCUCUUCCCGGUGGUCGUGCAGACCCUGUGA